UGCAUUUCCCUUCCUCAUUCAAAGUGAAUGUUAGCAAAAGGGAAGAAAAUAGCAAAGGCAGAGGAGCUUUAGUAUUUUCAAGCUCUGCAAAAAACAUCAAGUCCUUUGGCUGGUUUUCCCAUUGGUUACAUUGAAUGUAGUCUAAAUAGAGAGAGUUUUUCUCUUUCUAGAAUUAUGGACUGCAGUACUGCGUGAGCUACCUGAUGGAGGACACCAGCACCGGAUACCACCCAGAGAUGGAGCUUAUAUCACUGGAUUUAGUGUCUUCACCUGUUGUCUGUGGCUUGGCUUACAUGUAGGUACUGAAGAUGGGAAGACAGUUUUUGCAGCAAACUGAUAUUUUCCCUCUUCCGCUUUGACACAAUCUAUUGCUCAGUGGCGUCUCUUAAUUUGGGCUAUUGUAUUUCAUAAACAAGUCUGAAAACAGAUGCUGUGACUUUGUCACAGUCCGCGAACCGUUUUAUUUAGUAUGAAUGGGAAGAAGCAGCAGCAGCAGUAUCAGAGAUGGGAACCAGAGGAGAUUCUUGAAUGUGAACUUGACAUGUUUAUCAACAAUGUAUUCAAAGGGAGCUGCAGAGUUCAGACACCGCUACCCCUCUCUCUGUGAGCUGCAGGCAUCACUUUACCAUUAUACUCUUGGGGGACACUCUACAAAAAGCAAAGGGAAGUCACAGAACAAAGUCUUCAGGGUGGCCUCCACCUACUGGGACCUGGAAUUUGCCUCAGGGACCACCUUAUGGAUGGGAGAUGGCGACAAACAGAGACGGGAGAGACUUCUUCAUCAGUCACUUGACACAAGCAGCGACCUUUGAAGACCCCCGAAUUGAAAGCUGCCAAAUCAACCCUCCCACACCUAGAAAUGUGGAAAUGAGGAGAGAUCCGGUUCUUGGUUUUGGGUUUGUUGCAGGGAGUGAAAAACCAGUUGUUGUCCGUUCUGUUACACCAGGUGGACCCUCUGAAGGAAAACUAGUCCCAGGAGACCAGAUCAUUAUGAUAAAUGAGGAGCCAGUCAGCAGUGCCCCAAGGGAGCGAGUGAUCGACCUUGUCAGAAGCUGCAAGGAAUCAAUACUUCUUACUGUUGUGCAACCAUACCCAUCACCAAAAUCAGCAUUUAUUAGUGCAGCAAAGAAAGCAAGAUUGAAGUCCAAUCCAGUCAAGGUCCGAUUUUCGGAGGAAGUCAUCAUCAAUGGGCAGGUUUCUGAAACAGUCAAAGACAAUUCACUUCUGUUCAUGCCAAAUGUACUAAAAGUGUAUUUAGAAAAUGGGCAAACCAAAUCCUUUCGCUUUGACAGCGGUACUUCUAUAAAGGAUGUUAUAUUAACACUCCAAGAAAAGCUUUCAAUAAAGUGCAUUGAACACUUUUCCUUAAUGCUGGAGCAAAGAACCGAGGGAGCUGGAACCAAACUCCUUUUGUUACAUGAACAGGAGACACUAACUCAGGUGACUCAAAGACCCAGCUCGCAUAUGAUGAGAUGCCUGUUUAGAAUUAGCUUUGUUCCAAAGGAUCCAAUAGACUUACUUCGGAGAGAUCCUGUUGCCUUUGAAUAUUUAUAUGUACAGAGUUGCAAUGACGUUGUUCAAGAAAGAUUUGGGCCGGAGCUGAAAUAUGACAUUGCACUGAGACUGGCAGCAUUACAAAUGUACAUUGCAACAGUUACCACGAAACAAACACAAAAAAUCUCAUUGAAAUAUAUUGAAAAGGAAUGGGGACUUGAGACUUUUCUUCCAUCUGCUGUUCUACAAAGCAUGAAGGAAAAGAACAUAAAGAAGGCUCUUUCACACCUUGUCAAAGCCAAUCAAAACCUGGUCCCUCCAGGUAAAAAGCUGUCUGCUCUACAAGCCAAAGUGCACUAUCUGAAGUUUCUUAGUGACUUACGCUUAUAUGGUGGACGAGUAUUUAAAGCAAAAUUGGUUCAGGGAGAAAAACAUUCAGAUGUGACCUUGCUAGUUGGUCCGCGAUAUGGCAUCAGUCACGUAAUCAACACAAAAACAAACCUGGUUGCCCUACUUGCAGACUUUAGCCAUGUCAAUCGAAUUGAAAUGUAUACGGAGGAUGAUGUAACCAUUAGAGUGGAGCUUCAUGUUCUUGAUGUGAAGCCUAUCACACUGCUUAUGGAAUCAUCUGAUGCCAUGAAUCUUGCCUGCUUAACAGCAGGUUAUUACCGACUAUUAGUUGAUUCAAGACGGUCAAUUUUUAAUGUGGCAAAUAAAAACACAGCCAAUCGCGAAUCAGGAAGUGAACUCCGUAGUAAAAUGAACUAUCAUGAUUGUGAUUGGAAUUAUUUACCAAAAUCAACUAUCUUUGCUUACGAAGAAAAUCAGGAAGCUCAACAAAUAUACACAGAUUUGAAACAACGAAACAUAGAAGUUUCUGAAAGUCCCUUAUGCCAUAAAGACCAUCGGAGUUUGUAUAUAGAGACCACAUUUAAUUCAGGAGAACUUGAUCAGCAACUAACCAAACAAUGUGACCAUAUAGAUUUGGAAAAUAGCCUCAGUGUAAGCCAGACGGCAUUGCUAUCUCUGUCAGGACUAGAACACUCUAAUACAGCACAAGACUCUCCAAGGAGUGCAAAGGUGUCUUUCAUAUUCGGUGAUCAUAGCUUAGACACCAUGAACCCACAGACACUUGGCUACGAAAGAUUGUUAGAUGAAAGUCCUGAAAUCUUAGAUAAACAAAAUGUAAUUUAUUUAAAUAAUGCCAAUGACAUUAAAGACCUAGACUUGACAUCUGAUGCCGAAAGCAUCCAUUAUGCUGCUAAUGCUGUUUAUGCAAAUAUAUCGGAAAGUAAAAUGUUUAGCGCUGCAGAAGGAAUUGAAGAACCACUUUUACAUGAUAUAUGUUACUCUGAAACCACAGACGAUGUUGAAGAUGAAGAUGAGGCUAGUUGUGAAGAAGACAUAAUAGUACCAGAGGAUACCAGAACAGAUAUCCUAAGUAUGUCAGGAUCCAGUGAUGACAUCAUAGAUUUGACCUCACUUCCACCACCUGAAGGAGACGACAAUGAGGAUGACUUCUUGUUGCACUCCUUGAACAUGGCCAUUGCUGCUCCUCCCCCUGGAUUUAGAGACAGUUCUGAUGAAGAAGACAGUCAGAAUCAGUCUGCUUGCGCUGUCAGUAUGUCUAAUGAUGACAUCCCUGUGUCGCUUAUUGAUGCCGUACCAACAAGUGCAGAUGAAAAAUGUGAGACAAUCCUAGAAGAGACAGUGGUUUCAAAUCUUCAAGUGAUGCAAGAAUUGGCUGUAUCAGAAGACAGCCAAGCAGAUGACACCUCAGGUGUAACAAUAUUAAGGGCAUACAGUCCUGAAUCAUCUUCAGACUCUGGAAAUGAAACCAAUUCCUCAGAAAUGACAGAGAGUUCGGAACUAGCUUCAGCACAGAAGCAAACAGAAAAUCCAGCCCGUGCAAUCUUGCCCAACAAUGAAGCAUACCAAACUCUGAUGCCAGAUCAGACAGGGAUUUCUGUAGCUAAGAAUCCGUCUGGAUGUAUGUCUCUGAAGUCUACUUCUUCCUUAGCUAACCGGCAGGCUGUGGAACUCCAGUCAAAAGCUGUGCCUUCAAAACAAAUACUUCACUCUGAUAACAUCGAAAUGGAGCCAGAAACCAUGGAGACAAAAUCUGUUACCGAAUACUUCAACAAGAUGCAAAUGGGCUCUUUGGUGUAUGCUUGUAAAAGGAAAAAUAAACCAGACCCAGAAAUAAAAACACAUUUUGAUAUAAAUGUUACCGUCAAAAAGCAAGUAGGUAAACGCACAGAAAAUGAUGGUGAACUAAAAACAAAGUUUGAAACACUCCCUUCAAAAGACUGUCAGCUCCUGAGUCAUUUUAACUUGGAAAGAACUGCAUUUCGGAAAGACAAUCCACGAUGGUAUAAUACCACAGAGAAAGGAGCAAUAGAGAAAAUGCCAGCCGGUUCAGUGUAUGUGAAGACUUUGCCGAGGCUUUCUGCGGUAGGAAAAAUUGAUACUGAUACUAAGGAUGACCCAAAUAUUGAAAACUCCCUUUCAGAACAAGAGGAUAUAUUUAUUUCCAAUGCAGCUUUUAUUUCUUCUUCCAAAGAACUUGGUGACCCUGAAGGUGAUGGCACUUCUACCGAGCACAUUUCGAAGUUAGCUGACACUGAUCAGAACAUAAAUAGGAUUUGUGAGUACCACAUCGCCAAGAACAUGUCAUCAUUUCAGAGCGAAGGGCAUUUUUCUUUGCAAAGUUCCCAGUGUUCGUCUGUGGAUGCAGGUUGUAGUACUGGUAGCAGUUCAUGUGCAACUCCAGUAGAGUCUCCAUUGUGUACUUCUGAUGCUAAGCAUAUUCUCUCUGAUGCAUCAGUCAAGAGUGGGAGUUACAUGAACCCCGAUGAAAGACAAUCAAUGCUUCCAAAUCAUGGGACAACAUAUCCUGAACUGCAUCAACAAGGUGACACUGCUUGUCACAGGAUGAAUGUUCCAGCCGCACACACAGCAGCGAAUGCCGACCCAUUGUUUGGAACCUUGAGAGAGGGAGGUCAUCGGAUUUCUAAAAUUAAAGAAACUACAGCUUUGACAGAGCCUGCAAAAGGAAGAAGAGAUGGCAUGCCUACAGCUACAAAUAAGCACCUGAAAGGUGACCCUAUUGCAUCAUCCAGCAUUUGCUCAGAAUCAAAUGUGCCAACUCAGAACCAAGACUCUCUCCAUUUUCACCAAGGGAACCAGGCCUGUGCCGCAGAGAUAAGUUCACACCAGUAUGACAUCAUGGGAGGAAGUCUGAAAAUGCCACAUAAUAGAAAGGUACUAAGAAGGAGCAGCAGUGUCAUAACAAGAUCCUCAGGCACAGAAGUAACAGACAAGAAAAUUUCUUCAAUAAGCUUGUGCUUGGACGGGGUGGAGACAGGACAGUCCAGGUCUGAAAAGAGACUUGAGCUUCCAUUAGGGAAAAAAAUUUCCAAAAGUUGUUCCCAUAGUUCUGUGAAUACACUCAAUGAAAGCAAAGAUAAUAAAAGGUCAACCUCCACUGGCUCUAUGCAAAAGGUACAAAAACAGUCUAGGUCGCUGCCUUUGUUGAAGCUAGAUUCAAGCAACUGGAGAUGUCGGGGGCCCUUUAGUUACUGCUUCCAAAACAGGGGGAAGAAUGCUGAUGAUGAAGAAGAUGAGUUUGAAGAGGUAGACCAUGGUAAUAAUAAUGAAAAUAAGGAAUUGUCAUGUGUGUAUCUACCACAAUCACCAGUGGAAGGUCAAAAAGGAGAGCCUUCAUUCCUACCUAGUGGAAGUAAAGAUACAGAAUCUCCCAGGGCCAGUAUAGUAAUGGCCAAAAAGCAUACUGAGGAGGAACAGGUGUCUGGGCAAACUGAGAUGAGUGUCCAGAACAUGGACUUUGAUGAAAAGAUUACCAGAAUAAAUGCACUAAAAGAAAAAGUUUAUGCAAUACCUGAUGGGUUUCAUGCUGCUCAAAGAGAUGCGAAUGAGUUACUCUGCCUAAUACGAUCAAACCACACUGGAAAGGGGGAAGAUGCAAGCAUCGAUACCUAUGACCAGGAGCUGUCUCAGUAUAAACAACGACUUUCUGUUGAAUCCAGACAGCUAGGAAGUGCCUGCAGGAAGAUGGCCACCUCGGACAAGGGUCCAGAAGAAAUGCUGUCAGCUAUGACCUCAAGUUUUCAAAUUCUCUGUUGUUUAACAGAAGCUUGCAUGCGAUUAGUUAAAACGGUGAACUCUGAAUCCCAACAACAAGAAAUUAUAGCAAAAAUAGAUGAGGUGGUAUUAAACUACAUUUGUUUGUUGAAGGCUGCCGAGUCCACAUCUGCAAAGGUGUUCAGUGAUCCCAGUGUUAAACUUAUGGCUCGACACUCUAGUACUAUGGCUGCCGUUGUAAGCACACUAACACGUUCUCUUAAAACGCUUUUGAACAAAUAAGCUAAGAUAGUCACUUCAUAAACUACCUUAACAAAGCCAUACAUAAACCUUUUCUUUACAUAUGUAUAGACCAAUGUAAAUUGCAUUACUCGCUUGUAACCUACUAUCCACCACGACACAUCUGUCCCUAAACCAUACUGAGAAAAUGGCAUUGCUCAUUAGCUAAAAUGCUGAUGUGAUGCGGCAUCUUGUAAAAAUGAAGCAUCUAAGAGCCUAAUGAACCUCAACUACUUAUCUUGCAUUAUCUGCAGGCUUAUUAUGUAAGCAGUUAACCUAUGCUGCAUCUUCCUCUUUUCCUUUCAGCCCAGUCACAUUAGAUAUAGCAAAUGAAAUCAUAAUGUAAAUAAACAAUAUUUAAUAUUUUAAAUUAUAAUUUUUAAGCUCUGAAAAUGAUGAAAUAUGUUUCACAUCCAAGAAGGUAUUAUGAUUUACUAGAGAAUAAAUAAAUAUAUAUAU